AUGGCGGCCGCUCAAGUGAUUUCGAAUUCUGGCCACGAUGAUAUGAUCCACGAUGCCGGUCUUGACUACUACGGCCGCCGAUUGGCGACGUGUUCAUCAGACAAGACGAUAAAGAUAUUCGAGAUUGAGGGCGAGACACAUAAGUUGGUCGAGACCUUAAAGGGCCACGAGGGUCCAGUAUGGUGUGUCGAAUGGGCACACCCGAAGUUCGGCACAAUCCUCGCGUCCUCAUCUUACGAUGGAAAAGUGCUCAUCUGGCGCGAGCAACACCAAAGCUCCACGGCGCCUGUUAGCGGCGGCGCCUGGACCAAGGUCUUCGACUUCUCUCUCCACACCGCUUCGGUUAACAUGAUCUCGUGGGCUCCCCAUGAGACUGGAUGUCUUCUCGCCUGCGCUUCGUCCGACGGCCAUGUCAGUGUCCUCGAGUUCCGCGACAACAGCUGGACACACCAGAUUUUCCAUGCGCACGGCAUGGGCGUCAACUCAAUUAGCUGGGCCCCCGCCGCUGCUCCGGGUAGUCUGAUCAGUUCCAGCCCAGGACCCGGCCAGCAGCGGAGGUUCGUGACGGGUGGAAGCGACAACUUGCUUAAGAUUUGGGACUACAGCCCCGAAACAAAGACCUACAACCUCACACAGACACUGGAAGGGCACUCCGACUGGGUUCGGGACGUUGCCUGGUCACCCAGCAUACUCUCCAAGUCAUACAUUGCCUCUGCAGCGCAGGAUAAGACAGCUCGUGUCUGGACCGCCGAUGCGUCAAACCCUACACAGUGGACGAGCCAGGUGCUCGAGUUCGACACUGUUUUGUGGCGGGUAAGUUGGAGCCCCAGCGGGAACAUUCUCGCUGUGAGUGGCGGAGACAACAAGGUCAGCCUGUGGAAGGAGAAUCUGCGGGGGCAGUGGGAGAAGGUGAAGGAUAUCGAAGAGUAG